CAUCAGCACCUCGGACAGCCACCUCUAUCUGCACGCCACAGCUCAGUGUGGAUGGAGCUGCACGCACGAGGAUGUUUUUAACGGGAAAAUUGCUUCUGUGACUGUAAACAUGGGGGAGUUUGUGCUUUCUGCCUGAAAACCAGAUGAAAUCAAGUUUUAGCAUCCCGCAGAUUUAUGAGGAGGGAGAGACACAUCGCUACAGCCCGCCAUGUGAAGUGGCAUUUUUAUUCUCACUGAUCCACGAAGGUCUUAAUUUGACUCAAUGAUGGUGAUGAUGAUGAUGAUGAUGAUGAUGAUCGCUUGUUUUUAACAAGAGUUGCAAGGAAGAGUUGCAGCCUGCUGUCGGCUCACCUUGUGUUUGCAGGAAUCCAUGUUCCUGUCGCUCCUCCUGAACGGUGGCGCAGAGAUGGAUGGGGAAAAGAAGGGAGAGGUGGCUGUGGCAAGUUGUCGAGGAUUUGUUGCCCGUCAGAUUUCUCUUUUUUUCGCUUCCAUCUCUAACGUGCAAAGCAGCUGGACUGUAACUUUGUGACUGGGCUGCCUGAGGUGGGGGGGUGUGGGGUAAAAUCCGCUCGAUGUGCCAGCCCAACAAAGAAAGAAAGAAAGAAAGAAAGAAAGAAAGAAAGAAAGAAAGAAAGAAAGAAAGAAAGAAAGAAAGAUCCAAGGCUACAGCGAAGAAGAGGAGACAAGAGGAAACAGUAGUGAACUGAUGGAUGCCACUGCGAGACAACAAAGGAGACACGCUUGUCACCUCCUGUAAUUUCAUCUCCCCUGUAGGUAAAUGAGAAACUCAAACAUAAAUCGGAUUUGACUUAGUUGUUAAUAGGAUUUAAUAUCAACCCCCCUCAGACACCCUCUCUGCUUCUCCCUUAAGAGGAAUAGACUCCCAACAUUUUGCUGCAAGCCCUGGACAGCUCCUGCUGAUUUAAAGCACCGAGGGGACCCGGUUGAACCCUGGGAACCCAACAAACAACCGGAGUGAAAAUGUAGGCAUGACAGGACGCUGCUGGACCCCACUGACUUUAAUGAUGGUGCCCGCGCAGUUUGUGGCUCUCACCGUCCAUUGAAUCCCGAAAGAAAAAACGCCUGUGUCCAUGAAAAAUAAUCCCUCCCUAUUGGCUGGAUUGCGGUGCACAUGCUAUAACAACAGGAUAUGCAAAGACCUAUGGGCUGAUCUAAUAGCCUAUCAUGUUUUUCGCACGCGUUUUUGACCGAGACCUGUAUUUUAUUUAACAGGAUGUGAACUGUGCUGUUAAACCAGGUGGAUCGAAUGCAAUAAUAAUAAUAAUAAUAAUAAUAAUAAUAAUAAUAAUAAUAAUGAUCUGAUGGACCUACCACAGUCAAGCUGUGUGUUGUUUCACAGGGCAGUUGUGCCUGUGUAGUAAAGCUGCUGAAGAAUGUUUAAGUAUCGGAUCCGGAUUUUUUUCAAUGAACUCAAAGUGUUGCUACUGAUGCGCUCUGGAUCAAGCAGGGGGACUGAUACAGGCACAGACACACAGACCAGGAUGCGAGGGCUCGCUAUAGGAGACUGUGGUUGGCCGCCGCUGAACUGCUCUCACCGGGACGACGAGGAGGAAUAUUACGGCUCUGACCCCCGGCCACGCAGCCUGGCAUUUGAGGAUAAAGAAGGAGCCAAACCCCAGGGAGGGGGCCUGGACGCUGCUUCCCUCCCGAGUCUCUCAGAGAGCGGGACGCGAUCACCGCAGUGCCGGAUCUGCUUCCAGGGGCCAGAGAAGGGGGAGCUGUUGAGCCCCUGUCGCUGUGACGGCUCUGUGCGCUGUACUCACCAGUCCUGCCUUAUCCGCUGGAUCAGUGAGAGGGGCUCCUGGAGCUGUGAACUCUGCUACUUCAAGUACCAGGUCCUGGCCAUCAGCACCAAGAACCCACUGCAGUGGCAGGCCAUCUCUCUGACUGUGAUCGAGAAGGUGCAGAUUGCAGCCAUUAUCCUGGGCUCUUUGUUCCUCUUCGCCAGUAUCUCCUGGUUGGUGUGGUCGUCUCUCAGCCCCUCAGCCAAAUGGCAGCGGCAGGACCUUCUCUUUCAGAUAUGCUACGGCAUGUACGGCUUCAUGGACAUAGUUUGUAUAGGCCUUAUAAUCCAUGAAGGAUCAUCUGUUUACCGGAUCUUUAAGCGUUGGCAGGCUGUGAACCAGCAGUGGAAAGUGCUGAAUUACGAGAAAGCGAAGGACUUAGAUGACCCCAUCAGUUCCAGCAGUAAAGGCGCUGAUCGUGUUGAGAGGAACUCUCCUCACACUGUCACAGACAGCGGACAGAGGGCGAGUCGGCAUGUCAGGACUAUUCUCCACCACCACUGUGGCUAUACUAUUUUGCACAUCCUCAGCCAGUUAAGACCCAACAACCUGCACAGCGCCAACCAUGAGGUGGUCAUGAGGGUGACCACUGUAUGAGGCUGGGUAUAUACAGACAAAUGUCCUCUGAUGUUUAAGGAGGAGAUAAAAGUGUUGAUUGGGAUUUAAUACAAAGAGAAUCCUAAUCUGUCACAUAAACACUGCCGAUGACUUUUUCACAGAUUCUCCCUGAGCUCAAAGUGGACAAUGAGAAAUAUUGAGCAAGGGGAAAACAUUGCUUGUGAAAAUUAUUGUGCUCCUUCUCAUGCGACCACCACAACAAUGGCCCCAGCACCCUUAAUUUAUUCUACGUAUUCCUGAUCUGGUAGAUUUGAUCUGUUUUUAAUUGGAGCUGCGCUGAUGGAUCAGACAUUAGAAAGCCAACAAAAAGUUGUCCUCUCUGGACAUUUUUUUUUAAAGAUGAUGCAGACAAAAGGGGAGAUUUCUUUGUCACAUGUCAUUCCUCACUCUCUCUAUUCACUGUCAACAACCAAAUAAAACCAUAUUUCAAAA